AUGGAAGCUAUAGACUUGAACGAUGAUGGGAAUGAUGUGAUGGAUGAAGAUAUAGAGGAUCAGGAAGUUUUAGAGUAUUCAGAGGCUAACAGAGGCACACAACCGAGACAAGUUCAGCCACGCCGUAAAGUCUCUAGGUGCUGGAGGAAGUUUACUAUACUUGGAGGAAAGCUGUCUGAUGGUACAACUAAGAUCAGAUGCAAUCUUUGUAAAAGGUUUUACUUCUUGAAUCUUCGUAAGAAUGGAACCUCAACUCUGACUCGUCAUAUGAAGGUAUGCCCAAAAGCUGUUGGAACACCUAGAAGUAGUUCUAGAAAGGUGGAUAUGACGGUGUUUCGUGAGAUGAUAGCUAUGGCCAUUAUAGAGCACGAUCUUCCUUAUAAGUUUCUAGAGUAUAAGAGGAUUAGAAUGGCUUUUACUUAUGCUAAUUCUAGUAUUGAGUAUUGGAGUAGAAACACAGCAGCUUCUGAUGUGUUAAAGAUUUAUGAAAGGGAAAAGCAGAAACUUAGGAAAAUCUUAAAUGAUCUUCAUGGUAGAGUUUGUUUAACAACAGAUCUCUGGAGGGCUAUCACCAUUGAAGGUUACCUCUGCUUGACUGCGCACUACGUCGAUGAUGAUUGGAAUCUGCAAGCUAAGAUAUUGUCUUUCGUUGCUUUUCCUCCACCUCAUACUGGAAUAGCCAUUGCUAUGAAGCUUGUUGAGCUACUGAAGGAGUGGGGGCUGGAAAAGAAGGUCUUUUGUCUCACUGUAGACAACGCUUCUUCGAACGAUUCCAUGCAGAGUAUUCUGAAGAGACAGUUGCACAAAGAUCUGGUCUGUGGUGGUGAGUUUUUCCAUGUUAGAUGCUCAACACACAUCUUGAAUCUGAUCGUCCAAGAUGGCUUAGCAGUGAUAGGAGGAGCUCUGCAAAAAAUCAGGGAGAGUGUUAAGUUCGUUAGAGGAUCAGAAAGUAGGGAAAUAAUGUUUCAAAGCUGUGUUGAAACAGUGGGAGUUGAGGAUGAUGAAGGAGGUCUGGCCUUAGAUGUAAGCACACGCUGGAAUUCUACUUUCCUCAUGCUUUCUAGAGCUGUAAAGUUCAAACAUGCACUAGGUCACUUGGCGGAUGUAGAAGCAAGUUAUGUGAGUUUUCCCUCUUAUUUUGAGUGGAGAAGAGCAGAAAUGUUAUCCGAGCUUUUGAAGCCAUUUUCGGAGAUUACUGAUUUGAUUUCUGGUUCCUCAUACCCAACAUCAAAUUUGUAUUUCAAUGAGAUUUGGAUGAUUGAGUGUUGGUUGAGAGCUCAUGCAAAUUCUUCUGAUCAAGUUAUCUGUGAAAUGGUGAAGUGUAUGAAGCUUAAGUUUGAUAAAUACUGGGAAGAGUACAGCGACAUCCUUGCAAUUGCUGCAGUCUUGGAUCCUAGACUGAAAUUUGAGAUCUUAGAAUAUUGUUUCUCAGUUUUGGAUCAGUCUACUUGUAAAAGAAGGUUGGCUAAUGUUCGUUCAAAGAUCUAUAAACUGUUUGGAGCUUACAAGAAAAACCAGAGAAUCAGUAGUGCUGCAACAACUUCACAAGGAGAAAUACCUGAUGUUCCAGCCGGUUAUGGGGGAUUCUAUGCCUUUUUUUCUCAGAAAGCUGUUGGUAGCGGAAAGUCUACUCUUGAUAUAUACUUGGAUGAGCCAUUGCUUGACAUGGCCGCUUACAAAAAACCCUUGUUCGAAAACGCGGCCAAAUCGGACGAUUACGCGCCGCCGAGGCGCUUGGCGGUGGUGAGCCGUGGCGAUUCCGCCAUAGUCGGGGAAAAAGAACGUGGGCGGCCAUGA